AUGCCAGCUAACCGAUUCCUAAAUACGAAAACUGAAGAUUCAUAUAUAGGAAAACUUACUCAUGAUACUAUAAUAUUUGGAGAAAAUUUAUUUAAAGUUAUAUCAAAGACUUUUUCAAAUAAUAAAUCUAUAACCUUAAAUGAAUAUACAGAUGAUAAUAUAGAGAACAUAUCGUUUUGUUCUGAAGUUUUACCCUUUUAUUGUAAAUCAGAAAUAAUUCAUAAAGGAAAUAUUUUUAACGUUCGUUUUGGACAUGCAUGCAUAUUUUAUAAAAACAAUAUUUACAUUUAUGGAGGAAAUCAACAUAUCAAAAAUUUCAACCCCAAAACAAUACAGUUUAAUGUAGUAUCAUGUGUACAGUAUCAUGUGUACAGUAUCAUGUGUACAGUAUCAUGUGUACAGUAUCAUGUGUACAGUAUCAUGUGUACAGUAUCAUGUGUACAGUAUCAUGUGUACAGUAUCAUGUGUACAGUAUCAUGUGUACAGUAUCAUGUGUACAGUAUCAUGUGUAUAGUAUCAUGUGUACAGUAUCAUGUGUACAGUAUCAUGUGUACAGUAUCAUGUAUAUAUUUACCUUUUUUAUCUGAAGACACACAAGUUUUCAAAGUGGUAGAAGAAAAAAAAUCUCCUCAAAUCAGAUACUAUGCAACAUUAAAUGUAAUUCACUCGAGUGAGUAUGAUGAAGAAUGCUUUUUUCUUUUUGGGGGAAAAAGAGGGAAAUACAUUACUAAUGAUACUUAUAUAUUUCGUUUAAGUAAUGAUUCUUGGGAGCAUAUAAAACUUAAUUUUUCACCACCACCCAUUUUUGGUCAUGUUUCUUUCAUGUACAAGAACAUUAUCUUUAUUCAUGGAGGAAAUAUGGGGAAUUUGCACUUAAACAGUAAUAUGUGGAGUUAUUUUGAAGAAGAAAAAAAAUGGGUAAAAAUUUUGAGUAAAGAUGAAUAUUAUAACAAGGGUAUUUAUAAACCCAGUGGUCGUUUUUUUCACUCAUGUGCUGUGUGUAUAUCUAACCAAGGAAAUGAUGUAAAGGCUUAUAUUUUUGGGGGAUUAAAUAAUCAAAAUAAAUGUGUAGAAGAUCUUUUUUGGUCUUAUUCAUUAAAUAACGGAAAGUGGAGCAAAAUAGAAAACUCAUAUGGAAAAAUACCUGUAGAGCGUUAUGGUCAUAGUUCAACAGUAUUAAAUGAUAGAUGGUUCGUCCUUUUUGGUGGAUACAACUUUUCCUGGUACUCCAAGACGGAACUUUUAGAUAUACACGCAUAUGACAUAAAUUUAAACACCUGGGCAAGCUUAAAUGUGUACGGAAUGCCCCUAGUAACCCAUCAUUUCUAUGGAAAUAUAAUUCAAGUAGAUAAUAGUGGGUACUUUUUCGUUUUCGGGGGUUUAAGAAAUAAUGAAGCUUGUAGCAAAAUAUAUAAAUUUAUUCCAUUACUAUCAUCUCCCUACUUUAAAAUACUCAGAGAUAAACUUGAAGAAAUGGGGGAAAGAAUGCUACAUUUGGAAAAUUACCCAAGACGAACAUUAAGUCCCAUAUACAGUAAGGAAAUAAAAGAAAUAAAAAAUUCUUUAAGUGAUAUUAGCUUCACCCUUGUUCGGUAUAUACAAUUAACUUGCGAUAUAAAUGAAAAAAUAAAAAUUUCAAAUGAGUUAAGUAAAAACAAUUAUUCUUACUUAUCGGAAAAGAUGGAGCAUAAUAGUAAGCAUUUCGACUCUUUAGUAAACAGAGUUGAACAAUUAAGCAAAGGAUCACUUGAUUAUUCCUUUCAAAAAAAAGAAGAUUUGUCCAAUGAGGAUAGUUGUGAGAAUAUUUUAAAGGAUCAAAAUGUUAAUUUUUCACCUUCGUGUGCGGAAAGUAGCGAAAUAAAUUAUGAACAGCAAGGUAAAUUAUGA